UAUUUAUAACACACCCAAUGUUUAGCCACAGUGAUGACUCUUUCCCAAAACACUUGAUGCUUCUCAACUAAAGGAUGACAGAAACUAAGAUAGUGUAUCAUAUUGGGGAUGAGGACACUCCUUACUUGGUCUGUAUCCCUAUACCACCUGAAGAAAUAACCCUUGGAGACUUCACGAAAGAAAUAGACAAGCAGACAGGCUACCGCUACUACUUCAAAACUCUCGAUGAGGAUCUGAUUGUAAAGCAGGAGUUAAAGAACCCUGCGGCUAUUCUACCUUGUUAUCACAGUAGAGUUGUAGCUUGGAUCACUCCUGAUGUCACUACAAAUGGAAAAGGAUCGGGAGGUUUAGUAAACGGUUCUCCCAACACAGACCAGCCCGUCAGAUCCAACCAGUCUGGGUAUAAUGACGACUCCGACGCUAGUUCGAUAUUCAGCGACACAAGCUCCGUCAUGUCCAGCGAAAUAGAGUCAACUUCCGAGAGUGUUUCGGUAGUCGACAGUGACGAGGAGAGAUCAAGAGAGUCACGACAGAGACAACGACGCCGGAAGCGGAAGAAGCAAACCAUGAAACCCCCAAUGCGGUGUGGGUCACUGAGCAGCAUGACAGAGUCAAGCUCCUCCCUCAAUAUUAUCACGGUUACGUUAGACAUGGAGGCUUGUUCCUUCCUUGGGUUUAGCAUCUACAGUAACUCUGAUGAUAGUGCGAUGCCGGGGAUCUACGUGGGGCAGAUAUACAAGGGUGGAGCAGUUGAAGCAGAUGGUAGGAUAUCUCCAAACGAUCUUAUCCUGAAUGUUAACGAGAUCUCGUUUGAGAAUAUUGGUAAUGGAGAUGCAGCUAGGAUCUUGCAGGAGAUUGCCCAGAAACCUGGACCAAUUAAACUUGUUGUCGCAAAGACAAACAGGGACAGUAUGGUUGACUUACACGAAUCUGACUUUACUGACGCCGACACCGUUUCCAUAGCCAGCUACACUCUGGACCCCACAGCUCAGUGGAUCCAACAGCAACAGAAAGGGGCCGGGAACUUUGGGUUUAAUUUUAAUGAGGGUAGUUACUACCCGACCAGUUAUAGUCUGUAUUCUACCACUGGCAGUGAGUCUCCGGCUAACUCACAGAUAGGGGGAGACACGAUAAGAGGUCAGCAGCAACCAGCACAACCACUCACGGUUUACAGUAAGAUGGAGGAUGUGGCUCACACAAUGGCACAACCAACCUCGGGCUUGGAGAUAAAAGAGAGAACUUGGUUAAAAGUAACGAUACCGGACGCCUUUAUUGGCCAGGAUCUGGUAAAGUGGCUAAAGGAACACAUUUCGGGGCUAUCGGAUCACAAAGAAGCACGGCGCUUUGCCAGUAACAUGUUAAAGAACGGUUACAUCCAGAACACUGUCAAUAAGUCAGAGAAGUUCAGUGAUCAGUGUUAUUACAUCUGCGGUGACGGCAGCAAAAUGAAAACAGCCAGUGCUGACCGACUGCAAACUGACAUGCAAGGUCUAUCAAUCGAACCAACACAAUCACAUCGUUCCUACAACAGCUGGGCUGGAAAAGCGCAGUCAGUUCGCAGUCAGGGCUCUGCCGGUACCAUGUCAUCCUCCUCGCCCCGUUCAGCGCCGCGCGGCAUGGUCGCACCACGACCUGGUCCCGGCUCAUCCGGCUCCGGACCACCGUCUUAUCGCACAACUCAACACGGACAAAAGGGUGUGGCCCCACCUCCAUCAUACCACUCGUACACGUCCGGCAAGCCCAGCAGUCAAAUGUCCGGAUUUGCGCCUCACGUCCAGAUGCCACCUCAACCUGCGCCGGGCGCACCACCCGCCGGACCACUAUCUAGAACAGACAGCAUUGCGUCACUUGCCAGUGUUUACAGUCAGCACUCCAUGAUGGGCCGGCCACUUGGCAGUAUGCCAGCUAGUGUAGCCAGCAGCCAGGCCAGCUUCAGGAUGGCUAUGGACAACUCUAUGGAGUAUUAUAGUGACGCUGUUUGAACUAGCUCAGGCGCUUAAAACGCUGUUUGUGCUCAGUUUAAUUAGGUGUUAAAGAGAGAUACAGGAUUCACUUGUAAUAAUUGUUGGGGAAGAUUUUUACAGUGCAAGAAAUGUUCGUUAAAGUACCAAGAGUACGUGAUAUUUAUAAUAGCAAGGGCUGAACUGACACGUGGAAUGUGGUGGAAUGUGGCUAUCAUAGUUACAGGCCCCUGACAUGAACGGUUUGGGAUAUCUGCUAGACUUCAAUUUGGGUGUGAAAGGAAUCUGAAUGAUGUUGUGCUCUUCACUUAAACUGAAUCUCUUCACUCAUAACUCCUGUUUUCCGGUGUUCCAAAGUGCGUUCUGGAAUGCUGACUUUACUGACUAUAUCAUCUACUUCAGAUUAUCAUACAUAAUUACCUAUUAUGGAUUUUGUGCUGUUUAUGCGACGAUGAUCGUGCACUACUGCAGAGGGUCAUUAUUUAUCAAAUGUGGUAAUUAAUUAUGAUCAAUUAAUGGAAAAUUGACCGGGUCAUAUUACCUUGUUCAUAAACCACGUAACUGUUCAUACAAUAUUAUACAGUAUACACUAGAAACUUUUUAAACUAACCUUUUAAGAAAACUUAAAUUUAUAUAAUGAUUUUGUGCCAUUAAGUUUUGAAAUUUUUCAUUUAAAAGUUCUGAUUAUUUUUUGCUAUGAGGCAGUUUCGAACUAAACCCGUUAAAAGAUAUUGUAAUUUACCGAGUAGACUGUAGAAUGUAGAUACAC